CGAGGUAUCAUGGCAUCGGUUGCUUCUACGAUGUAUGAAUGUCUCACUCUAGGGAAUGUCCUACUACUUUUCCUUUUCAUGCUGAUGCUCCAUUACCUGUUGGUGUUGUACGAGUUCAGGAAUAUGCCUCCGGGUCCGAGAUUGACGACUAUCCCAAUUCUGGGGAACAUAUUCUCCCUCGACUUCAAAGCAGAUUUACUCUCGGACGCUUUCAAAAGUCUCAGAAACAAGUACGGCAACGUUUUCUCCAUAAAAAUUGGAAGCUAUAAGUUCGUGAUGGCUUCAUCCUCCAAAGCUGUUCAGGAGAUGCUUGUUAAGAAAUCAGCUGACUAUGCGGGAAGACAACAAACAUAUUUCCUAGAAAAAUUUACGCUUGGUGGUAAAGAUAUUGUGUUCGGUAAUUAUGGUCUAGCUUGGAAGUUUCAUCGGAAACUCUUCAUUACCGCCUUACGCCAGUACCUUUCCGAUGCAACAUUAAUUGAAAGGCGGGUCUCAACACAGGCAGAGAAACUUGUCAAGUUCAUGGACGAUCAAAGUGGAAAACCUUUCGAUCCUGCAGACUGCCUGCAGCACGCUGUUGCUAAUGUCAUUUGUGGUAUAACGUUUGGGGAAGGCUAUGACACAACAGAUCCAAGAUUGAACAAGUUACUAAAACUUAACGUAGACCUUGUGGCAGAUACUGAGAGUAAUCAGCUGAUUCUCAUGAUGGAUUUCUUUCCAUUUGCAAGGUACUUACCCCUCAAGGCUUAUGAUAAACUUCUUCAGCCCAUAUAUGAAAUAUACGAUAUUAUUCGCGUAUUCCUGAGCCAGAAAAAAGAAAGUUUUGAGGCAGAAGAACCCGUUAAGGAUUUAAUCACCGGACUACUGCAUGCCAAACACCAAGCUGAGUUGGAGAGUGAUGAGGUAAAAGACGCCUUUCUUUCCGACGACUACCUAGUCAACACUAUCGAAGACAUGUUUGCUGCUGGCUAUGAGACUACGAGCACCACGAUGAAAUGGGUGAUAGCCUUCCUGGUGAACAACCCAAAGUACCAGGAGGAUAUUCAACACCAGUUGGAUGAGGUACUUGGUGAACGAAGUCCCUCUCUCGAAGAUCGUCCUAAUCUGCCCCUGAUUCACGCAACCAUCAUAGAAACGCUACGACUUGGAAAUGUAGUGCCUCUUGCCGUGCCUCACCUCACUCUUAUCGACACCACAAUGUGUGGCUACCGUGUUCCGAAAGAUACGAUCGUUUUCGCCGAUACAGAGUCUGUCCAUCUGAAUCCUCAGUGUUGGGAAAACCCCACUAUGUUUAAUCCUUACCGUCAUAUCGACGAGAAUGGUAAGCUAAUCACCAACCAAGGCAACUUCUACCCUUUUGGAGCUGGACGACGGGUGUGUGCAGGCGAACCACUGGCUAAAAUUGAGCUGUUCUUGUUUCUGUCGUGGAUGUUCCAGAAGUUUAGUAUUGUCGCUGAAGAAGAGGGUCAUCCUCCGAGCUUGAAGAGAGAAUUUAGCGGCACUCAGUUUCCGUCUCCAUACAAGAUCCGCGCCGUCAAAAGGAAAUGAGCAGGCGCUCUCAACCAUCGUUGAUAUGAUUACGCCAUUUCUCUAGCUUCUCUCGCGAUUUUUUUAUAACAGAACAGUUUUUGUGUAUAUCGUUUCAAAGCCGAAAGCCUUUAGUAAUUCUUUAGCAAUGUACACCUGGGCGAUUGUGGUUUACUCACCCUUGUAACGUGAAAAUAAUAUUCUACUCAGUUUUGGAUUUGAAUUGUAACCAACUUCAUUGUAAUUCUAUUAUUUUGUCGGGAAGUUCCUUACAAUUUUUAUAUUGGUGCUUUAGUUUUGUUUUGCCGUAUCUUAAUUUGGGCUGUAUGAAGAUUCAGAUUGACAGUGACUUUUUAAAACCGGAGUCAAAAUUUCGAAGGAGCUUUCUUAAAAUGCUAGAUCUGCUUUACAUGGCUCAGCGUGAUUCGGUAGCUAAGUUUGACUUGAUAUCGUUGGACAUAGAUUGACAGCCUAGUUACUUUCACCUGAUGAACAUCAAUGUCUAUACAAUCCAAGAAUGAAUAAGUCUUUUAAGCGUAGUUGUGUUGUAGUUUAUUCGUGAAGUAAUGAGGAGGAUAAACCCAGAUAAAGUUUUCUUUAAACAAUCAACGAACACCUGUGAAAUGCCAAAUAUACCUGCAGUGAGGCAAAGUGUGCAUACUGUUAAAAGCACGAACAAUCAUAUCAUAGCCUAAGUAAUUAAUCCAGCACCAGACUUCAGAGAUAGCUUUUAGAACUGAAAUGACGUGAUAAUCACAUGGCCGAAAUAUCCUCU